AGAAAGGGAUCUAAUGCCAGAAAAAAGUAAUCAUGCAAGGUAUACCUGCUGGUUUUGAGGAUUAUUCAAGUGAUGAAGAUAUUGAUGUUGAAGAAAUAUUUGAAGUUAGUUCGCCAAAAACUAUAAAUUAUACACAAGAAAUAAAUCAAGAUAUUUCAACUAAAACUAGUAUAUUUACUCAAAAAGCUUCAUUUGAGAAUGUCUCUGAAAAAAUCAGCUUUGAAGUUGAAGAAAUGAGAAUUGCAGUCUUAAAAAAUGAUGUUGGCAGAAUAAAAGAAUUGUUCAGCAAUGGUUUUAAAGUUGAUAAAUUGUUGCCAAGUGGAUGGUCUGUUCUUAUGUAUGCAGCAAAUUAUGGUUCAAUUGAGGCAGUUAAAAUACUUCUUGAAGAGAAAUCGAAUGUAAACUUUGAUUGCGAUAUGUUUACACCUUUAAUGGCUGCAUGCUACUCUACGAAAGCUACUGAAGAAAAGCUGCUAGGAUGUGUAGAAGCUUUAGUUCAUGCAAAUGCUCAUAUAGACUCUCAUGACAGGUAUCUAAUGACUGCCUUAAUGUAUGCAUCAAAACAAGGUUAUUCUAAAAUUGUUGAUUUUCUUUGCAAAAGUGGAGCUAGUGUUAAUUAUCAAGACACAAGAGGAUGGACGGCACUAUGCUUUGCAAGCAGACACGGUCAUAGUCAUGUAGCAAAGGUUCUUCUCCAGCAUAAUGCGAAUCAUCUUCUUACGGCAUUUGAUGGUCAGACUCCUGCAGAUAUUGCAUUUACAUACAAUUACAAAAUAAUGUCUGAGUUGCUCGAAAAAUACAAUGGUUGUAAUAUCGAUCAGUUUAAAGAUGUUCCAUCAAACGGGAGCAAUUGCAACACUGCACAGUCCAAAUAUGUUAAAUAUGGAGAUUUGGAACUAUUUCUUCAUGGUUUAGAAAUGGGCCAUCUUGUUAUUUUAUUUCAGGAGCAUAACCUCAACUUCACAGAUAUGUUGAAAAUGACUGAAGAAGAAAUGAUUGAAAUUGGAAUUACUCAACUUGGAAUACGUAAAAAACUUAUUGAUGCAAUUCGCACUGUACACACUAACGAAUGGGAGAUGAGCAGUCUCUCAAUGGAAGCAAAACAUAAGUUAACGUUAUUGGAAUGCGCAUCUGUUAUUGCUAAUGUCAGUAAACACCUGAAAUGCAUCCAAAGUUCUGUAGCUUAUGUUAAAAGGCAAAUGAAGCCAAAUCAGUUAGAAUUUCAAAGUGAUCACGUGAACUUACAGGCAGCAUUAGUUGAACAGUGUACUUUUGCUGAAAAAAUUACAGAAGAACUUAAUUAUGAUAUCAAAGAGUUGCAUCAAAUUAGUCUUGAGAUGUUCCAGAGUACUGGAGAGAAACCUCCAGAGGUGAUUCAGAUGCGAGUUAAAAAUGAACUUCCCUCUUUUUAUCGCCGUAUGAGUCUUGCCCUAAUAGGUUCAGUUAUCGUUGUAGGCAGUAUUCUUGUUAUUUACAAACACUCUUCAACCCAUACUUAAAAUCGUUAUUGUAAACCGAAAAGUUUUACCCCAAAUUUUUAAGGAUGCGAUAAAUUCUUUUGAAUAUAAAAUUGUAAAUAGUUUUAUAGAAGGAAAUAAAACAGACGCUUAGACAA